AAAUCAAUGCUCCAUGCUCCGUUCCACCACCAUAAGAAACUGGCAUCCAAGCUCCAGAAUUGCUCAUUCCUCCACAGCUAGUCUCCCGCGCUCUUCUUCUACCAUCUCGCAUCGCGUCAUCUCUGUUCCACCACCGACAGCCCAGCGAGAUGGCGUGCAACACGGCCAUUGUCACGAGCGACCCGCUAAACUGGGGCAAGGCGGCCGCGGAGCUGACGGGGAGCCACCUCGACGAGGUGAGGCGCAUGGUGGCGCAGUCCCGGGAGCCCAUCGUGAGGGUCGAUGGGUCCAGACUGCACGUUGGCAAGGUGGCGGCCGUGGCCGCGGCCAAGGACGCCUCGGGCGUCGCCGUCGAGCUGGACGAGGAGGCGCGCCUCCGGGUCAGGUCCAGCAGCGAGUGGGUCCUCAGCUGCAUCGAGAACGGCGGCGACAUCUACGGCGUCACCACCGGCUUCGGGGGCAACUCGCACCGCCGCACCAAGGAUGGGCACGCGCUCCAGGUCGAGCUGCUCAGGUAUCUCAACGCUGGAAUUUUCGGCACCGGCUCCGACGGCCAUACGCUACCGUCCCAGGUAUCACGUGCAGCGAUGCUUGUCCGCAUCAACGCCCUGAUGCAGGGCUACUCCGGCAUCCGCUUCGAGAUCCUCGAGGCCAUCGCCAAGCUCAUCAACACCGGCGUCAGCCCGUGCCUGCCCCUCCGUGGCAGCAUCACCGCGUCGGGGGACCUUGUACCCUUGUCCUACAUUGCCGGCCUCAUCACCGGGCGCCCCAACGCGCAGGCCGUCACCGUCGACGGCAGGAAGGUGGACGCCGCCGAGGCGUUCAAGGUCGCCGGCAUCAAGGGUGGCUUCUUCAAGCUCAACCCCAAGGAGGGCCUCGCCAUGGUGAACGGCACGUCCGUUGGCUCGGCGCUCGCGGCCAUGGUCUGCUUCGACGCCAACGUCCUCGCCGUCCUGGCCGUGGUGCUGUCCGCCGUCUUCUGCGAGGUCAUGAACGGCAAGCCCGAGUACGCCGACCACCUGACCCACAAGCUCAAGCACCACCCGGGCUCCAUCGAGGCCGCGGCGAUCAUGGAGCACAUCCUUGAUGGUAGCUCGUUGAUGAAGCACGCCAAGGAGGUCAACGCCAUGGACCCGCUCCUGAAGCCUAAACAAGACCGGUACGCGCUCCGCACGUCGCCGCAGUGGCUCGGCCCCCAGAUCGAGGUCAUCCGCGCUGCCACCAAGGCCAUCGAGCGUGAGAUCAACUCGGUCAGCGACAAUCCGGUCAUUGAUGUCAACCGCGGCAAGGCGCUGCACGGCGGCAACUUCCAGGGCACCCCCAUCGGUGUGUCCAUGGACAACGCCCGCCUCGCCGUCGCCAGCAUUGGCAGGCUCAUGUUCGCCCAGUUCACCGAGCUGGUGAUCGACUUCUACAACAACGGGCUGCCAUCCAACCUGGCCGGGAGCCGCAACCUGAGCUUGGAUUUCGGGUUGAAGGGCGUCGAGAUCGCGAUGGCGUCCUACUGCUCCGAGCUCCAGUACCUUGCCAACCCGGUCACCAACCACGUCCAGAGCGCCGAGCAGCACACCCAGGACGUAAACUCCCUGGGCCUCAUCUCCGCUAGGAAGACAGCCGAGGCGGUGGAAAUCCUCAAGCUCAUGUCCUCAACGUUCAUGAUCGCGCUGUGCCAAGCCGUCGACCUGCGCCACCUCGAGGAGAACCUGAAGAGCGCCGUCAAGAACUGCGUGAAGACGGUGGCGCUGAAGGUGCUGACCACGAGCCCCGACGGCGAGCAUUGCAGCGCCCGCUUCAGCGAGAAGACCUUGCUCGCGGCCAUCGACCGCAAGGCUGUCUACAGCUACUGCGAUGACCCCUGCAGCGCCAGCUCCUCGUUAAUGAUGACGAUCCGCGCCGUGCUGGUCGACCACGCCCUGGCCAACGGUGAGGCCGAGAACGAAGCUCGCGCGCCCAUAUUCUCCAAGAUCACCAAGUUUGAAGAGGAGCUGCGAGAGGCCCUGCCAAGGGAGAUGGAGAAGACCCGUGUGGCCUUCGAGACCGGCACCGCGCCGAUCGGCAACAGGAUCAAGGAGAGCCGGUCGUACCCGCUGUACCGUUUCAUCCGCGAGGACCUCGGCGCCGUGUACCUGACCGGCGAGAAGCUCAAAUCCGCUGGUGAGGAGUGCAACAAGGUGUUCCUGGCCCUCAGCGAGGGCAAGCUCAUCGACCCCAUGCUCGGGUGCCUCAAGGAGUGGAACGGCGAGCCCCUGCCCAUCUGCUAAGCACGGGCGAAUGCCACGUAUAGUACGACGAAGAGGAGCAGACCACCGUACUCGAAAAAUAAAGGAAGUAGCAUUUCAGGAUUUGGAAGGCUUCUUAUUGUUUGUGACUUCGCAAAUCUUCUCUGUUCGUCCUAUUUGAGCUUGAUACACUGAUUAGUAUAAUCGUGUAUUAUGUUGACCAAUACAACAGUGUACGAAGCUCAUACUCCGUCCUGAAAAUAAGUGCAACUUUAACGUUCAAAAAUUUAUCUUACGAAAUAUGAUUUGUAGCUUUUC